GCGGAAGCAAGCAAGCGGCGGACAAGGAGCGAGCGGCCACGAAGCAGCCAAGGAGCCACCCGCCCAACCAACCAACCUGGCAGCUCGCCUAGCCUAGCCAGCUAGCAGCCAACGCACGCACGUCAGCAGCCGCCGCCAUGUUCAAGUCGCGAUCGGCCGCGGCGCUGCAUGAGCUGCGUGCCGCCGCCGCUGCCCGCACCUACCCAACCGACCCCGCCCAGUAUGAGCUGCUGGAGGAGUGCGGCGCGGGGGUGACCUCCACUGUGCACCGGGCUCGCUGUGUGCCCCUGGGCGGCGAGGUGGUGGCCAUCAAGCGCUGCGACCUCACAGACCUGGCGGACGCAGACCUGCAGGUGGUGAUUGAGGAGGUGGCCCAGAUGCGGCGCUACCAGCACCCGGCCGUGCUGCCGCUGCUGUGCUCCUUCGUCACGGCGGCGGGGGAGCUGUGGCUGGUCAUGCCGUACAUGGAGGGCGGCUCGGUGGCCCACGUGAUGCGCUACGCGCACCCCGACGGCUUGGAGGAGGCGGUGGUGGCCACCAUUGCGCGGGAGGUGUUGAGGGCCCUGGACUACCUGCACAAACAGGGCGCCAUCCACCGCGACGUCAAGGCCGGCAACGUGCUGCUGGGCGGCGACGGCGCGGCGCGGCUGGGCGACCUGGGCGUGGCGGCCACCAUGGAGCGCAGCGGCACCUGGGGGCGCGGGCGGGUGGGGCGGCGCACGCUGGCCGGCACCCCCUGCUGGAUGGCGCCCGAGGUGCUGCAGGACUGCGUGUACGACGACAAGGCCGACAUGUGGUCGUUCGGCAUCACACUGCUGGAGAUGGCACACGGCUCCGCGCCCUUCGCCAACCAGCCGCCGCUCAAGGUGCUACUGAACACGCUGCAGAACCCGCCGCCGCAGCUGGAGGACCGCAUCGGGGCGCGCACCUUCUCCAAGUCCAUGCGCGAGGUGGUUGCGCUGUGCCUGCAGAAGGAGCCCGCCGCCCGCCCGCCCGCGCGCCAGCUGCUGGAGCACCGCUUCUUCCGCCACCACGCCCGAGACCGGGCCUACCUGGUCAAACACCUGUUGGCGGGCCUGCCGCCUCUGACGGAGCGGGUGCGGCAGCUGCGGGCCGGCCACGGCGGCCGAGUGCCGACACGCCAGGCGCACAGCCGCGAGCUCAAGAGCCGGGCCAGCUACAUGACCGGCGUGCUGGGCUGGGACUUCAACCUACCCUGCGCCCAGCCACAGCAACAGCUGCCGCAGCUACAGCCGGUGACGGAGCUACAGCCGUCCGGCUCGCCGGCGCCGCCUCUGCACCAGGCCGCCUCGGGCCUGUCGUGCGUCAGUAGCAGCACCACAGGCGCCAGCCUGGCAACAGUGACUGGCGGCGGCGGCGGCAGUAGCGCGACCAGCAGCUACAGCCCCGGCGCCAACACCGCUGCCGGCACCGGCGGCAGUAGCCCAACUGCUGCUACAGCCCCCACCACUCCCGCGGCUGCGCCGCCGUCGCCCGCCGGCAGCGCCUCAACGACACCGCCUGGCGGCGGCAGUAGCAUCCCUGGCGGCGGCAGUAGCACCCCUGGCGGCGGCAGCCCAACCAGCUCCGCCGGUCCGGUGCUCGGCUCCAGGGCCCAACAGUCGCCGUCGCAUUUCCAUCCCCAGCCCCGGCACUGGCCCUUCCUCUCCCCGGGGCCUCCAUCCGUGAGCCCCACGCGGCAGCCACGCCCCGGCGGCGGCGGCGCCGCCAGCCCCUUCGGCGCCGCCGUCAGCCAGGCCGCCGCCGCCAGCGCCGCCGCCGCUGCUGGCGGCGGCAGCGGCACAGACACGGACCACAGCUCCAUGCCUGGUACCGGCGGCGCAAGAGGUGCCGCUCCUGAUGAGGGUGAGGAGGAUGAGGAAGAGGAGUGGGCGGCGGCGGAGGGCGUCCCGCGCCGGCCGUCGCUGCGCUCCUCUGUGUCAUCCCCAGACCUGCACCGCCGCCGCACCCAGCAGCCGCCGCCACACGCGCUGCCGCCGCCGCCGGACCUGCCGUCAGUGGCCCUGCCGCAGCCAUACCAGUCACCCAAGCAGCAGCAGCCGCUGCUACAACCGCAGCCGCUACUGCCGUCGCUGUCGCCGGCGGCGCAGCCGCUGACGCCGGCGCCUGCAGCUGGAGCGGCACCCGCGGUUGCGUCGCCCACGGCUGUCAGUCGCUCGCCAUUCAGUGGCGCCGGCGGCGGCGGCGGCGGCCCCGGCGGCGGCGGCGGAUGCCACCACUCGGGUCAUCACCACCGGGUGUCAUUCGCUCCCGACGUCGCUGGCCUUGGCAGUAGCAGUAGCGGGCCGCCGCCGCCGACGCCGCUGCUGGGCUCGGGCGGCAGCAGUGGCGCCUUGUCGGUGCAGCGCAAGGGCCGGUUCCAGGUGAUUGAGACAACCCAGCCCGCCGCCAAGCCGCAGCACCCGCCGCCGCCCUGGCUCACCUCGCCAGGCGCCGCCGCCGCCUCCGCGCACGCCCGCGGCGGCGGCGCCAGUACCGCCAGCACCAGCGGCACGGGUGCGGCGGCCUGCGGCGGCGCCGGCAGGAGCAGCAGCGGCGGCCACGUCUUCACCAGCCCCACGUCGACUUCGCCCCUGACCUCACCCCGCUCUCAUUCCGGACAGCACGGGCAGCAGCACCAGCACCAGCACCAGCACCAGCAGCUGACGCAACUACCACAACCGCAGCAGCCGCUGCAGCUGGCGCGCGCACACUCUGGCGGCAAGCCGCCACUCCCGCCGCGGCCACCGCCGCCGCCUGCUGCGACCGCCGCCGCCAACCACCCAACCGCCGCCGCCGGUGCCUCCAACCACCCGCACCAACUGCUGCCCAUGGCGGUUGGCAGCCACGGCCACGGCCACGGGCACGGGCACAGCAGCCACCUGCUCGCGCGCACGCCCAGUCUCCGCACCAGCACCAGCACCAGCGGCAGCAGCACCCGCUCGCCGCCGCCAUCCCCGCCGGGCUCCGUCGCCGCCGCCGUCGCCGCGUCAGGCGGCGGCUCUGCCGCCGCGCCGCCGUCACCGCCGCCGCUGUCGUUCCCGUCUGUCACAUCGCCUCUGCUGCCACUCCCGCAGCCGCCAGCGGCACCAACGCUGCCGCCAUCGUCAAUGCUGCCUUCAGCGCCCGCAUCGCCGUUUGCGUCGGCGGUGGGGGGCAUGGCGGCGGCGGCGCCGCCGCCAGCGGUUUCUGUGGGCGCGGCUCGGUCAGACUGGCUGAAGGGCCUGUACAAGCGCUGGUCGGACGCUGCCGUACACUCACUUCUGGCUGCAGUACAUCGGCCGGAUGAGUCUCACCAGCUGUCACUGGCGCUGACGUCAGCCGCGGCGCCGCGGCACGUGCCCACCAUCCGCGUGACGGCGGCGCCGCCGGAGCUGGCGGCGGCCCUGGUGGCGGCGGCGGCGCUGAAACCGCCGCAAUCCAGUUUAACAGCGCCGCGGGCGGCGCCUUCGUCGGCGGCGCAGUCGCUGACGUCGGCAGGAACGUCAACGGAAGCCUCGGCAGCAGCUGCAGCCGGAGCGCCGCCGGCGAAGGCGCCGUCGCCGCGCCUGCCAAUCAUCACCCUGGCACACCUGGUGCCGUCGCAACCCCACCACUGGUUUACUCCGCUGCUGGACCGCCUCAUGCCGCACCACCCCGCCGCUGGCACCCCGGCUACUGCCACGUCCGCCCCAGCUACUCUGGCUACCGACAGCACUGGCGGCACUGGGGGCGCUACUGUCACAGCUGCUGCCAUGGAAAGGGCGCAGCAGCGGCGGCUGCAGCAGGCCGAGCUGCGCGGCGGCGGCGGCGGCCGCCACCGGCGCCUCCUGGUUCCCUCCAUCUACCCGCCCCUUGAGAUGGACAGCGGGUGGUGCGGCUGCGGCAGCGAGGCUGACGCCAGCGCCAGCAGUGACAGCAGCAGCGGAGAGGGAGGAGCAGUGGACACAGCAGGCGGCGCUAUGGGCGGCGCAGGGGGCGAGGGGCUGUGGGGUGGUCACACACGCGGCCACACCGACGGCUCCACACAGCACACGCUCACGGGCAGCAGCACCGCCCCCUCCACCUCCACCGCCCCCUCCACAGCCACUGGCGCCACCGCCACUGGCACCAGCGGCACCGGCAGCCAAGCCAGCGGCAGUGACUCCGCCGGCCACAGGGGCAACCGUGAAGCCAGGGCCGCCGCCGCCGCCGCCGCCGCGCCAUCCACUGACGUCGUCCCAGCUGCGGACGCCUCCGCCUCUGUCACCACCAGCCGCAGCGAGGCCCUCCAGACCAAACACCGCCGCCCCCAUCACCACCACCACCACCACCACCACGAUCUGCAUGACCGCGGCGCCGCCGGCGGCAGCAUGUACGGCAGCAUGUACGGCGGCGGCGGCGGCGGCGGUCUGGUGGUGGUGGAGGUGGACCCCUCCCACCCUGACUACAACGCGCUGGCCGAGUGCUACGCCGGCGCUGGCGGCACCUGUUGGGCGCCCACUGCCCGGCUGCUGCAGCCGCUGCUGCGUACCCUGCCGGUGGAGCUGGAGCGGGCGCAGCACACCUGCGGCGACGGCAAUAGCGGCGGCGGCAGCGGCGCUGCAGGCGGCGGCGGCGAGGCGCAGGGCGCCGCCACUGCCGCUGCCGCUGCCCUGGAUGCUGAAAACGCAAGCACCACCACACCGGUUGUGACGCCAGGCCUGGCGACAUCCCCAACGCCGCCCUUGAGUCUGCCGCCGCCACCGGAGCCGCUGCUGCUCCCGCACCGGCCGCUGCAGCCGCCGGCGGCAUCACUGAUGCCCGGUGCGCCGCGACGGACACCGCACGCCCAGCCAUCACUCCCCACGCUCCAAGAAAAGCCGGCAGCGGCACCCGGCGGCACCUUCCCCACUGCGCACGACGGCGGCGCCGCCGCAACCAUCGUCCCAUCCCGCGUGCCUUUCCAUGGGGUGGUACCGGAGGCUGCCGCGGCGGCGGCAGAGGCGCAGCGGCGGCGGCGGCAGGCAGAGCUUCAAAGGCACCUCGAGGCGGCGCUGAUGACGUUUGGCGUUGCGCCGGAGGAGAUUGAGGAGUUGGAGCGGGUGCAGAGUGGCGGCGGCGGCGACGGCGGCGCCGGGCUCUGGAGUCCGAAGUUGGUGCCGGCGGCGGCAGCGGCGGCGGAGGGCAAGAGGGAGGUGGCGGGAAAGGCGGCGAUGGAGAGGGUGGAGGAGGGGGAGGAGGGGGAGGAGGGGGAUUCCUCGGAGAGCACCGUCUCCGACGCGGAUGAGGAGGCGGCGGAGGAUGAGCCGCCGGAUGGGGUCUCACCUGCAGCACCUGCAACACUUGCAAGCCAAGGCCGAGGCCAAGGCCAAGGCGAUGGCUUGGACCGCGGCGGUGGCGCUCGCAGCAGCACCACAGCAGCAGCCGUGUCGCGCCGCACCACGGCGAAUACAGCAGGUGCGCCACAGCAGGCGUGGGUGCCCGCAGGCCCCGCACAACAUGGCCCUCAGGCCCAGGCUGCCGGGCCAGCACCGGCAGCCAAUGCAGCUGCAGCUGUAGCAGCACCACCGCAGACGCCGGCCCAGGUGACCCUCGGCGGCAGUAGCACUCGCACGGCAGGCGGCUUAGGCGGCAGUAGCAGCAACAGCAGCAGCAGCAAUAGCACAAGCGGCAGCGCUGCUGCCAGCGCGCUAGCGCAGGGCACGGGCGCGGGCGCGGCAGUGGCGGCGUGCGCACUGCAGGCGGCGGCGACCGGCGCGCUGUCCCCCGCCGCGGCGGCGCAGCUGCUGCCCAUCGUGUCCGCGACAUCGCUGGUGCCGUCGCUGCCGUCGCCGCCGCACGCACAGGCGCAAGCACAGGCGCUGGGGGCACCGGGCGAGGCGCCGCCACCACUGCAGCCCUUCCAGUCUUACUGGUUCGCUGUCUCACCUCCUCGCAGCGCUGUGCUGCCACAGCCGCCGCGGACCGGGCCCGGCGGCGGCAGUAGCACCUGCUGGCGUGCUACUGCUGCCGCUCCUGCUGCCACAGCUGGCGCAAGCCCAGCCACUGCUGCACAAGCUGCGAGCGCCUUCGAGGCGUGGCGGCAACAGGGCGACCUGGCAGGUAUCCCACCACUGGCGCCACUGGCGCCCUCCUCCCAGCUGCAGCCGCUACAGCCGCCGCCGCCGCUGCCCAUGGGGCUGGGCGGCGCCGCGCCGCUGCUGCCGCGCCACAGCUCCUCCUCCGCCAACUCCGGCAGCCGCCGCAGCAGCCUCAACCUGCCCCCCGGCAGCCACACACCGCAUGGCGCCGGACUGGAAGGCAGCUCGCCCAUGUUGGAGGGCACGGGCAGCGGCGGCUGUAGCAACGCGGCCGUCGCCGCGGCGGUGGCUGCAGCUGCUGCCGCGACGGCGGCGACGGUGCUGGGCAGCAGCGGCGGCAGCGGCAGCAGCGGCGGCGGCGGUGGGGCACACAGCCCAGGACUUGACAGCGCGGGUGUGCCGCGCCCGGACGCCGCUGUGUCAGCAGGUGAGGAUAGCGGUGGAGCCGGGCCCGUACAGUUGCGCGGAGGUGCGGGUGUGGCGGUGACGGGGGCGGCCGAUCAUCCAGGCGGCAGUGGCCCACGUGGGAUUGCCGACGGCCCGAUGACGAGGUGGCAUGCUGGUGGAAUGGCACCCACAACACCAGCCUCGCCCAACUCUGCUAUGGGCGCUGGGAGUGGUGUAUCAGCCCCAGGCAGGCUGGUGCUGCCGGCAGGCCCGCGCGCGCCCGGAGCCGCAGGCCGCCUGCAGCCGCCGCAGCGGCACCGGCAGCCGCCGCAGACGGCACAGGAGCGGGCAGUGGCAGCGGCUGCGGCCGCAGCCACGGCCGCGGCGAUGGCCGCUGCAGCCGCGGGGCGUGGCGUGGCGCGGGGGCGCUUUGUGGUGGUGAAUGAGACCAUGCAGCAGCCUCAGGCGGGCCGGGGGCGGGGCUGAGGGUGUUGCGGGGGUGCAGGGUGUUGCGCGUGUAGCGGCAUAUUUGGCAAGGAGGAAUGCGUAGCGCUGGUCGGCUAUAUCCUGGUACAAUUUAUCUGCACACUCGUGCAGUAUACAAAAUUGCAGAAAAGCGAGGCCAAUGCGAAAGUGACGGAGGGACAAAAGUUGUGCGGUCGCCCUGACGCACAUACGAGCGGGGCUACGCUACAAAAGUAUGAUGUUUCAAGAGCAUGUAGGUUAUUGGGCAUCAACAGCUUUACGACGGCUCAGGAGGGGACACUCCACCCCGAUUGCACGGCUGGCGCGGGAUCGAAACGCAGACGUGGACUCGGUCACUCAGUAAA